UCUCCUUUACACGUGGCAGCCUUUAUAGGUUCUGAGGCAGGCUUGCUCUCUCUGGCACGACGCGGAGCCGAUCUCGAAACCACCAAUGCCAUCUCACGCACUCCCUUGGCAACGGCGAUAUUCGCAAGAAAUGUUGCCCUUGUGAAGUUGCUGCUUGAGCUGGGUGCAAACAAGUUCGCUUGCGAUGGCCGUCAACGCUCAAUGCUGCACUUGGCCUGCCUG